AUGUGUGGACGAUUGCCAGGGCCGUUCAACUGUUGGACAGCAAAGAUCAAGUUGUCCGUCUCGUUGCCAGAGCCCAACUUGAGAAAACCGUCUCCAGGGGGGGGCCUGUACGACACUCGGUUCUACGGGUGCGGUCCGAACACAUGGACUCGAACGCGAAAAGCAGCCAGGCGUCUUCACGCAAGGAUCGACGUAUCCAGCGAUAGUUCCCUUUCAAAAGUGAUCGCUGAUGACGUCUCCUGCCUGUCGAACAAGGCUGUCCGCGGAUUGAGGACGGUGAUCAGGGGCCGAUGGACAACCGAACUCUCCAACGCCUCAAACCAGGGAAGAGUGGCAAGAGGUCUCCUUUUGGACUCGUCGAGCGACAUCGCCAGGCUCACAUCAUCACGCACCAAACUCAACUUCGAAGAAUGGAAGCUGAUCCAUCGCAGCCGACUAUCCAUCCUACCUCUUUUCGGCACACCUGGAAUUUCGGCUCCUGACAAGAAGUGCCGAAGGUGCAGGACGGACGCCGAGACCACGUCUCACGUGACCAGCCAUUGCCGGGUCAACCUUCCGGAAAUCGGACGGCGACACGACGCAAUUCUGCUGGAACUGGCCAAAAUCAUCUGCAGGGCCGGUCACACGAUUCGUGUCAACCAGGUGUUCCCGGACACUACCCUCCGCCCAGAUAUCGUCAUCACCUCCGCAACACCGCAGCUCAUCAUCGACGUGACGAUACCUUUCGAUGCUCCGGAAUCCCUACAAGCUGGAUUCGACCGGAAAGUGGCCAAAUAUGGUCAUCUUGGACCGACGCUUCCGGUGGUGAUCGGCGCUUUGGGCUCCUGGAUGCCGUCCAACAACGCGGUGGCCAACUCCCUCAACAUACAACCUAAUGCGUGGCGCCGUUUCAGGCGGAAGAGUCGACUUGCAGCCAUCCAAGGGUCAAUGAGAGUGGUCUCUAACCACCUUCACGCAGCUGACAGGGAUGAAGGCCUACUGGGGCCCGCAUAA